CGAGACCACUAGGGGGCGGCGCGUGACGUCAUUCGGUGCGACGAGUGAAGCUGUUUGCCUCCUUUGAAUGAGACGCUAGAAGUGUGUGGCUUUUAAAGAUGCCUCUGCCACCAGCUCUUCUGGCUCGUUUGGCCAAGAGAGGAAUCCUGAAACAGUCAGAGCAUGAAACUGAAGAGGAAAUCAUCGCAGAGGACUAUGAUGACAACAAUGUAGACUACGAAGCCACAAGGAUCGAAAAUUUACCCACUAACUGGUACAAAGUUCUGGAUCCCACCAGUGGCCUUCCGUACUACUGGAAUGUGGAGACAGACUUGGUGUCCUGGUUGUCCCCCAAUGACCCUGCUGCAGUCAUCACUAAAGCGGUCAAGAAGCAGAGAGUGGAGAUUGUGGAUGAACGAGGGGAUGGUCACCAUGAGAAGUCGGAGAGAGAGCGAGAACGUGAACGAGAGCGAGAGAGAGAGCGUGACCGGGACAGAGACAGGGAGCGAGAGAGAGACGAUGGGCGGGACAGAGACAGGGACAGGGAUCGGGACCGGGACAGAGACAGAGAGAGAGACAGGGACAGAGACAGACGAGUGAGAAGAGAGGACAGCGGCCCAUACAACAAAUCAAAGAGAGGGGGAAGCCGAAAGCAGGAAGAGAUGGAUCCCAUGGAUCCUAGUGCCUACUCAGACGCUCCAAGAGGCUCGUGGUCCACUGGUCUGCCUAAGCGUAAUGAAGCUAAAACAGGAGCAGACACCACAGCAGCAGGACCCCUGUUCCAGCAGAGGCCAUACCCCAGCCCUGGAGCCGUGCUGAGGGCCAACGCUGAGCUCACCAGACGUCUGGAGGAGGAGGAAGAUGAUGACUGAGCAGGAACACAGCAGCCAUAGAGCCUUUCUAACAACUCGGGGAGUAAUAAAUAUCAACAUGUGGCAAUAGAAAACACAUACCAUUUUUAAAACUAUACACAUAACUAUGAUAACUCUGGCUCACAAAAGGGCUGAAAAAAAGUUUAUAAAGGCUCUAUAGGGUUACUUGCUGUAUUAAUAUGCCACACUUGUAAUGGCAACCCCACAUAUGUCCUGGUUUGAUGGUCUCUUGCUGGUAUGCCCGAUUGACAUUCAGUGCAUUUGUAAAUAUACAUUGUAUUAUACAUUUUGUAGUAAGACAAUGCAGUGCUUCUUUUAACUGUGAAUGUUCUGGAAGAUAUUAAUGUAAAAAGGAACUGUUUUAUUUCCUGGCAAAUUAAACCUUUUUUGCAUAAACACAA